CUUGAAUCUUGAGACAUUCACAAAAUUAAUUUGAAGUUGUGUUUGGGUUAAAUAGUGAAAAUAUAAUGUUAUCGCGACGAGAAAAACUUCUGCAACAACCCUGGGAGGAAAGGAGAUAUAAAGAUCAUCGGUCCAAGGUAAAAUCAGCUCUCCCCGCUAUCGAUGAUCGUGCUCCUCCCGCCCGUCCGCAUGUAGCGCUGAAGCUAAAAAAAGUGCAGAAGGAAUUGGAUAGAAAAGUCAAGAUACAAAACGAUAACUUUAGUUUAUUGCAGCGGCUGAAUGCUAUUAUGAAAGUCAACAGGCUGGAUAAUCAUUGGACGAAACCACUGCCUAAUUUCCAGCACAAAGUGGGCCAAUUCUACGACGUGAAAUCUCUGAACAGUCGUCUCGCCACUCGCUAUGUGAAUUCGUCACACGACUCUUAUCACGUCAACGCAGUGAAAUGCUUCGCUUGCGAAUACAAGAAAAUAAACCAAGGCAACAGAUACUCGAACGGUGAAUCAUCUCUACCUUCAAUCCACUUCAGUCAAUAAUUGAAUAAAAUAAAACACAUAUAAAUUGGA